GGCUGCGAGUAAAAGCACUCCUGCCAUCCCACUGAUGAUAACGAGCAUGGGGACGACCUUUGCCCCGAUCACCACUGUAGGAUCGAUUGGCGUGAUCCCGAUCAUGUCGACCCCUACUCCUACACCAACGACAACAAUGUUCCCAGGCUCGAUAACAAUGCCCGGGGGAGUAUUCACACCAUACCCGACAAAUGCUCAGGCUCUACAGGGCUAUCAACAGGUGAUGGUCAUGAUGCAACAAGCAGAGGGCUUCAUGCCAUUUGCCUAUCCGGACAUGAUGCCACCAAUCAUGAGUUCAAUGGUACCUCUGGUGUCGACCCCGUCGACAUUCAUCCCUAGGAUGGUCCCUAUACGUCUAGUGAAUUUGACGGGGACCAUGAACGAAGCAGCACCAUUGAAUAUCUAUGAAGUUGACGAGGCGGAGCAAGAGGCAGCCCGCAGAAGGAAGGGUAAGGUUAUAGCCAAACCCAACAAGACCCGAGAUUCAGCGUUCAUACGCCUAGGGGACAAAGAGGAUGGACCUCGCAAGUCUGCCAAGCUACGUCUUGGUCCUGAGACGGGCCGGACUAGCGGAAUGGAAAGACUUGGCGGGAAUCGUCCCGCCCAAUCUCAUCGUUCUAGGGAAUCUGAGACGAUUCGCCUAGACGAGGAGGAAGCUGAAAGCCAGCCUAGGGCAUCGACAUAUACCAGGCUCUCAUACGAUGAGGAUGACCUGGACAAGAUAGGGAGCAUAGCGAGAAAGCUACGUGCCCUAGAGGAAAAGGUAGAAGAGAAGGCGGGAGUGAAGAAGCACACCCUGGCCAAAUCACCCUUUUCGGCCAGGGUACAUGCACAAAUAUUGAGGCGGAAGGUCAAGUUGGACGUGGAGAAAUUCACUGGAAAAGAGGAUCCAAAUAUCCACCUUGACACCUUUUACAAUGCAGCACAGAUGGCCAGGUGCACUGAUGCUGAGGAGUGUUUGCUCUUCUUCUCAUCCUUGAGAGGGAGACCAGUGGAAUGGUUUAACGGUCUUCCCCAUGGAAAGAUUGGAUCCUUUGAGAAACUUGCCAAAGUUUUCCGCAAGAAGUACCAGGAUAACUGCAUCAAAAGAAAGAAGUUUACCUACCUAAACACGGUAGGGCAGAGGGAGAAGGAGUCCUUGACUCAAUUUUUAACCCGCUGGAGGGACGAGGUUGACAAGGUAGAAGAGAUGGACGAUAAGACGGCCAUGUCUUUGCUGAUGAAUGCCUUCCGAUCAGGUGACCUCUACACUGAAUUCUGUAGGAGGCCACCCUCCUCUUAUCAGGAAGCCUACAAUACGGCAUGGGAGUAUGCCGAGGCGGAGGUCCUGAACAAGAGCAAGCAGGAACUGGAGGAAGGCUAUACACGGGUGAAAACCGAUAAGCCGAAGAAGGAUGAUCAGAGGGGAGGGUCCAAGCCGAGGGCCACAUAUGAUGGGUCUGUUCAUCAAAUAAGGGAUGAGAAGAAAGGAGAACAACCCAAGUGGCCUUGGACAGAGAAGUGGUGCACCUACCACCAAUCCGACUCUCACAACACGACAGAUUGCCGGAAUGUGAGGGUCGUGCUCAGGGAGAUGACCUUGAAAGGGGAAUUGGGUGAAAUAUUCGUUACGGGGCUUGAUGAAAACCAAUAGGCGAGUACUUGAAUCCACCUACAUGAAUAUGAUCAGGGAAAGAAGAAAGGGUGGAUAAGAUG